AUGAGAUCAAUCCCUCCAUCAACAUCACUACUACCCUCCAACCCUUCCAACACUUACAUGAUUUUCUCCAAAUUAAUGCUCUCUAUCAUAACAACUACCUUUUUUCUUGUUCAUGUCUCUUCCUCUUGUAACCAAUUUGACAAAGAUUCACUCUUGUCUUUCUCUUCAAAUAUCUCAUCUUUUUCACCUCACCCACCUCUUAACUGGUCUUCUUCUUCUGAUUGUUGUGAUUGGGAAGGUAUAACCUGUGAUCAAAAUAACCAACAUGUUACUCAUCUUUUUUUACCCUCUAGAGGUCUCAAUGGUUUCAUUUCAUUUUCUGUUAUCACUUCUCUUCAAUCUCUUUCCCAUCUUAAUCUCUCGCAUAAUAAACUUCAUGGUAAUCUUCAAAAUCAGUUUUUUUCAAUUCUUAAUCAUCUUUUAGUGCUUGAUUUGAGUUACAAUCAUUUCUCUGGUGAAUUGUUACUUGGGAAUGGAAACAGAAACACAAGUGUUGUUCAGGUGUUUGAUUUGUCUAGUAAUUUAUUCAAUGGAACAUUACCGGUUUCUCUGAUUCAGAAUCUUGCAGAAGGAGGUAAUUUGAUAUCUUUCAAUGUAAGUAACAACAGCUUCAUAGGUCAUGUUCCAAUUUCAGACUUUUGUGUUGUGCAUAAGAAUUCUUCUUUGAGAUUCUUGGAUUUUUCUUCCAAUGAUUUUGAUGGUGCUAUUGAGACUGGUUUAGGUGCAUGUUCUAAGCUUGAGAGAUUUAGAGCAGGUUUCAAUUUUCUAUCAGGGAAUAUCCCAAUUGAUAUUUAUGAUGCUGUUUCACUCGUUGAAAUAUCGUUGCCACUGAAUAAAAUUGAUGGAACAAUUGGUGAUGGAAUUGUUAGCCUUACAAAUCUCACAGUUUUGGAGCUUUACUCCAAUCAUUUAACAGGUUUUAUCCCGAAGGAUAUCGGUCAGCUUUCGAAAUUGGACAAGUUGCUUCUUCAUGUCAACAAUUUGACCGGUACGAUUCCGCCGUCUUUGAUGAAUUGUAACAAUCUUACUGUGUUGAAUUUGAGGGUUAAUAGAUUGGAAGGAAAUCUUUCGGCGUUCAAUUUCUCGGGAUUGGUUAGGCUUGUUACGCUUGAUCUUGGUAACAAUAAGUUUAGUGGUGUUUUACCGCCGACCCUUUAUGAUUGCAAGUCACUUGCUGCAUUGAGGCUUGCUUCUAAUCAUAUUGAGGGACAGGUUUCGUCUGAGAUACUUGGACUCGAGUCUCUUUCGUUCUUGUCGAUUUCUGAUAACAAGCUGGAAAAUAUCACUGGUGCUCUUAGAAUACUCACUGGUCUCAAGAAGCUUAGUACACUUAUGGUCUCCAAGAAUUUUUACGAUGAAGUGAUGCCGAACGGUGUGGACGUGAUAGAACCUGAUGGAUUUCAAAAUAUCCAAGUUUUAGGGUUAGGUGGCUGUAAUUUCACAGGUCAAAUACCGAGUUGGCUUAAAAAUCUGAUGAAAAUUGAGGCCUUGGACCUUUCCUUUAAUCGAUUUGAUGGUUCAAUACCUCCAUGGUUAGGUAAACUACCUCAGCUUUUCUACAUAGACUUGUCUGUUAACCAACUUACUGGCCUGUUUCCGAUAGAGCUCACGAAACUCCCGGCGCUAACAUCACAACAAGCAAAUGAUAAAGUUGAAAGGACUUACUUGGAGUUACCUGUCUUUGCUAAUGCUAACAAUGUUUCUUUGUUGCAAUACAAUCAACUUUCAAGCCUACCACCGGCAAUAUAUCUUGGAAACAAUCGCCUUAGUGGCAGUAUCCCGGUCGAGGUUGGUCAACUGAAAGUCCUUCUUCAGCUGGACCUGAAGAAAAACAACUUCUCUGGCAAUAUACCGGAUCAAAUUUCAAACUUAAUUAACUUAGAGAAACUAGACCUCUCGGAAAACGAACUAUCCGGCGAAAUUCCUGAUUCACUCAAUAAAUUGCAUUUCUUGUCUUUUUUCAGUGUAGCCAACAAUAAUCUUCAAGGACGGAUACCAACUGGCAGUCAGUUUGAUACCUUUUCCAACACGAGCUUUGAAGGAAACUCGCAAUUGUGCGGUCUGGUUAUUCAGCGCCCCUGUUCUUCUCAACAAAAUGCUACCGGUACUUCAGCUAGAGGCAAAUCCAAGAAAAUAAUAGUCAUACUUAUCAUCAUGGUGUGUUUUGGCAUAGCUACCUUGAUUACAUUGCUGACACUGUGGAUACUCUCUAAGAGGAGGGUCAAUCCAAGAGGAGAUUCUGAUAAGAUUGAACUUGAAUCGAUUUCUCAGUACUCGAACAGCGGUGUUCAUCCGGAGGUUGAUAGGGAGGCUAGCCUAGUGGUAUUGUUCCCCAGCAAAAACAAUGAAACAAAGGAUCUUUCCAUAUUAGAAAUCAUAAAAGCCACUGAAAAUUUCAGUCAAGCAAAUAUAGUAGGAUGUGGCGGUUUCGGUUUGGUUUAUAAAGCGUCGUUUCAAAAUGGAACUCAGCUAGCCAUCAAGAAACUUUCAGGAGAUUUAGGCCUUAUGGAAAGGGAAUUUAAAGCAGAAGUAGAAGCUUUGUCAAAUGCACAACAUGAGAAUCUGGUCGCAUUGCAAGGCUACUGCGUGCACGAUGGUUAUCGACUACUCAUAUAUAAUUACAUGGAGAACGGAAGUCUCGAUUACUGGUUGCAUGAAAAGUCCGAUGGUGCGUCUCAACUUGAUUGGCCGACUCGUUUGAAGAUCGCACAAGGAGCAGGCUGUGGUUUGGCUUAUUUGCAUAUGAUAUGCGAACCGCACAUCGUGCACCGCGAUAUUAAGUCGAGCAAUAUACUCCUAAACGAGAAGUUUGAGGCACAUGUAGCUGAUUUUGGGUUGUCGCGGUUGAUUCUUCCGUAUCAUACUCAUGUUACAACCGAACUUGUAGGUACAUUAGGUUAUAUUCCUCCGGAGUAUGGACAAGCAUGGGUGGCGACUCUGAGAGGAGAUGUGUACAGCUUCGGAGUUGUUUUGCUCGAGCUUCUCACCGGAAGGAGGCCUAUGGAUGUAUGUAAGCCAAAAAUUUCAAGGGAGCUGGUUAGCUGGGUUCAACAGAUGAAAAACGAAGGAAAACAAGAACAAGUAUUUGACUCGACUCUGCGAGGGAAAGGAUUCGAAAGCGAGAUGCUGCAGGUACUCGAUGUAGCAUGCUUGUGUGUGAACAUGAAUCCUUUCAAGAGACCAAGCAUCAGAGAAGUUGUCGAAUGGCUAAAAAAUGUCCGCAGAAAUAAUGACUAA